AUGACGGUCUUGAGGAGAGUGAGUCAAAGGGGGGCGCGCGACGCGCUGAUGAAUGCGGCUCGUCACGAAGAAAUCGCUCUCUGUGCCAUCAGGACGGUGGCUUUCUUGAAGACCCAGAUCCAGUCUGAGGACAUCGAGGACGAUGAGCCAGGCGGCGUAUGCUACCGUCUGUCCCACCGCUUGAUCGAGAAACUGAGGGGGAAGGAUGCCGCGACCGUCUCAGCGGCCAUGAUCCUCCUGGAUACUUUGUUUUCCGAGGAUCAGCAGAAUGGUCAUGAAGACGAGGCGGAGAGUUACGUAUGCGCCCUGUCCACUUUCCUAUACAAGAGCUUCGGGGCGAACAUGAGCGGUGCAGCAGGGGACAGGGGCAGGACUUUGGAGGUCAGGAGCAUCAGCAGAUCCUUGCAGGAUCCAGAGAGCAGCGACCCCUUUCCUACGGCCGACGAGCUAGCGCGUCAUCUACGCCCGCUUUCGAUAUGGGAGUACGAGCGAACGUGGAGCCUCCCAGGCCCCAGCCCGAGAGACUACUUGCAGCCCCAGGAUACGCAACACCGCAAUCCUCUGGAUGAAGCGGGAACAAAUCUGAGAAAGCGAGCGGAACGCAUGCGACUCGAGAGACGGCAACGCAGAUCGGAAUUCAUAUACGUGGACGGGCUGCCCGACAGCAAGUACUUCACACCGAAACAAGCUGGGUGGAAGAAGUCCAAGGACAAGGAAACGAUGGUAUCCAGAAUCAGAGACAACUUGCAGUCUGACGACGCACUCGUUUCAGAUGAAGAGCUUCCCGACGACGUGCACGUAUUCAAGCUGCGUGGUGGGGCCGAGCUGACCUACUACUUCAACCGAUUGGACGUCGACAUGCCUAACGACCCACUUCUGAAGGACGUUCUGCCACGGGUGACCGCCGUCUACGUUCAGGGAUACCGCCCCAAGUUGCCACAGCUGCCUCGCCUGAAACGGUGCUACUGUACUGGACUCUGUUGCGAUGUGGAUGUUCCAAAGUCCGUCGUAACGACCAUAGUUCCAGAGGUAGUCGACAGCGAUGAACAUUUGCACGAGACUCGCUGUGAGUACUGUGAGGAAGUCAUCGAGCUGUAG